AGAAGCUCAACGCUGCCCAAUGAGCAGCAACACAGUUCACCUUUGUUUUCCGUACCAGCUGUGCACGAAACAACCGGUCUACCCAAGGGAGAACAGCACUCUCACCUUUCACAAUCAGCGUCCAUAAUAACACAUCAAAACAGCCAUAGACUUAGAUUUUUAGGCUGCACGCUAGCAUGCCGCGUUCACCGGCAUUGGCGCUGUCGGAUCCGGAAGUGCUAAAGCGGGUUCAACACCUUGGCGACGCCCUGGCGGCGUCCAUUGCACAAAACGAUCCGCCGCCCCUGGACCCCUUCCAAUCUCCUCGUCGAAGUGAGGAUGGAUGGCAGCACCAGGUGAAGCUGUUGGAGGACCUUGCCCUGCUUAUUUCAGAUGGCGUCUCUGCCCGCCUCGCCUUCGUCGGCUGGGUGUCGCUGUACCUGAAAAACGCGCUCAUCUCGCUGUUAGAAAGUCGACGUUCCGCCGUGGCGCUGGCGGCCAUGGCAGUGCUGAACUGCCUCGUGCUGCGGUCCUCCUCUACAAGCCGCACGGCAGCCUCAACGAUUUGCUCGUGGUUUACGAAAACGUUGCUGCGCCUGGCUGCAAGCCCGUCGUCCGUCACCGCCGUCUCCACGGCAGCCUCAGCGCUGCUCACCUCCAUGGCCGGUGGGUGCCUGCUGACACUGGAGGGUCUCAACUUCGUCAUUUCCGCGUGCGCCGCGAUAAGUGCGGCGGUGCGUCGUUGUGCAAUGCGGGUGCUGCAGACCUACUUGCUGGGGGCUCGUGGCACGCCACACCAGUUGGCCGCCAGCGCGUACGUCGACGCCGUCCACCGUGUACUCCGUGACGGGGUGACGGAUGCCGAUGCGACGGUGCGCGCCGAUGCCAGACGGUGCUUUUGGUCGUUGCACCUGUUGGAGCCGGCGUCGGCGGCGGUGCUGCUGCGGGUGUUGCCGCCAAACGUCCGUCGUCUGCUCGCUGAGGAGCGUGGGCGCGUGCUGGAGGACCUCCAGGCGGUGGUGGCGACGCCUGUCCAAGCAGCCGAGGCGACCCCUGCGACGCGGCAACAGGUGGGGGCGCGGCUUGCCGGCCCUCGGACGGAGGCGUCGCGCACGAUGACACUCAAGGACGAGCUGCAGGCGGCGGCGGCACGUCGAACACGUUCGCACGGGUCGCGCUCUGUCUCGCCGUCCACACGACACCGUCAACUGCUGCUCCUAGCGAAGGACCUCCCUUACGACCCCGAAAAGAGACCGAUAGUCGUCCAUACCGCUCACCCGCUGUAUGAGGAGGUAAACACGAAGUCGCGGCGGAUGUCCCUGCUGAACGCCAUGGAGAGCACCGACUGGUCUGUCCGCCGCGCCGCCAUUCUACAGGCGUGUGAAUUGUGCGAGGAUGGUAGACUAGCGGAUGACAUGCCAACGUUUUUCUCCGUACUCUUACUGCGACUGCAGGACACUCAAUUUCGAGUGGUCGAAGCUGCGCAGGACUGUCUGCGGUCUUGCCUCCAGUAUCGUCCUGCCACGACGCAGGAAUCCUUGCGCGGGUCGUUGAACAGCUACUUGAAUGCGAUCUUUCGGAACACGACACACGUGAAGCCGACGGUUCGCCACGGGGCUCGCAUCGUAUUAGACAUGCUGACGCGUCUCCACGAGUCGCCCGCGAAGCUUCUGGAGGCGGUACUCCGCAGCAUCGAUGAUGCCGGCGGCUACGCUGUGGAGCAGCGGAUGGCGGAGUUUCUCCUGUACUUUGUGUUGGUGCACCCCUCCCUUUUUGCGCUGCAGUCCAUCACCGGCGCCACAGUGCGAUGUGCCGUCACGCACAUAUCUGGUCCGCCGGCAGAUCCGUCAGCGGAGGUGCAUCGUGUUGCCGCGGCGGCUGCCGUGACGGCCUGGUCGAAGGUACUCGGCGUGCUCUCGCUGAUGGGUCCGGAGGUGUUUCGCGACACCUUUGAGCGGCUGUCUCCGUUGCAGAAAGGCACCGUUCAUGCGGCUUUUCGGGAGUGUUUUAUCACGCCUCGAAGUGGCAAAGAGAAGACCAACGCGCAGGACUUCGACAACUCAGAAUUUUUGACCAAAAUAGCGUGCGUCUUUGCGGAGCAGCUGAAAGAGGCAUACGCAGCGCAGCAGAUGCGGCUCUCCACGCGCGGCAGGCGUGGGCAACCUUCGAGCACGCAGAGUCUCGGUGCAACCUCCCCUCCCCUCCAUUUCGUCCCACCAGCCGUGUUUCCACCACUGCUGAAGUCGUUGCUGAUGUCGCCCCCGCCAGGCGACAGCAGUAGUGUGAGGCAGCCUUCGCAUCUCGCUCAAUCUCAUGGUGCGACUCCCCAACACUCUACCUCCUUUAGAGCGAACAAGAGUUCCAAACAGGCAGAAGAUCACGCAGCGGCGUUUCGACGGUCCUUUGUCUCCACCCUUGCACUCCCAUCUGAGACAGCAGGUGAGCUGAGCCCCGCGGACGCUGUGACAGCCGCCUUCUACAACAGCGUCGCCGCGCCGUUGAAAAUGGGCGACGGCGAGGCGGUUUCUCACAACGCGCCUGCGCAGUUUCUCCACGAAUGGUCGUCCUGCAGAGAUGCAGCCGCGAAACGUGCCGCUCUCCUGCGCGUCGCCUUCGCGCUGAGGCACCACGCAACUCGCCAGCGAAACGUGUCUUGUGCGUUUGGAGGGUGCGACGGUGAUCAACAGCCGGAGUGCGUGCCGGAGGAGGCGGAACGCCUCUUGCAGUGCUGGGAGCGCGAGGUAGGCGGGGCCGAGUACGCCUGUGAUCACCGCUUGCGCUGGGCGGUGUUCGAUGCGUUGGAGGCCCUGCUCGGUUGGUCGUCAGCUCGAUCGGCCGUGGCACGACAGCUGACUCGGGUCAUUACCAUGUGCCGCCACGGCAUGGAUGAUGCGUUUGUAGAGGUGCAGCUGCAGGCGACCACGUGCUUUGCUACCGCCGUCUUGAAGCGCAAACUGCCGCUUGAUUUUUGCCUCGGUGCGCUUGCCAGCUGUCUCUCCAGGUGGAUGGACGGGCCGGCACGCGACGCGGCGACGCCGGGUUGGCUGGAGCUGCUGCGCAUGCUGCAACGACUCUUUGAACAGGAGCUGGACACACAACUGAAAGCCUCAAAGGGCGCCACCGGGAUGCGGGUGGACGGGCAACAGAAGGAUUCCGCCACCGCCGCCUUCACCGUUACAUCGUCGGUUCUGCAGCGCGUUAUCGCUGUGGUGUGUCAGUGCCUGACCCACUGCAAUCCGGCAGUGCGGCUGUCCGCGGUGCUGGUGCUCGCAGCGCUUCUGCACGCAGUGGGAGAGUCUACCGCGGCAUCGUUUUUGACUGCGUUGACGCCGGCACAACACCACGUGUUGCGUGUGUAUCGUGAUCGGGUGCCCAUCAGCGUUGAAGACGGCUCUUAA